AUGGCGGCCGAGCCGCGAAGAACCCAUUCAUCCGCGAGUAUAGACUCCUCGUUAGAUGACGAAACCCUGAUUGAACUCUUGCCAUCGUGGGCGCGUCGCACACUCUGUCCGGCCGGUAGUGGUUGCGGCGACGGCGAGUGCGAGCUGCUCCACGUGGACCCCACGUGGCGAGAUGUGCUGUCGAGCCGACACGUGGCGCGUCGGGAGCAGAACAGUGGCGUCAGUACGUGGGGAAGGCCUCGGCUGAUCGUGCUCCACGUGGCUCUUCAACGCCGUCCGCCUGCUGCUCCCUGGCCGUUCCUCGUCCUCACUGCACAUGCCUUCCCCGCUCCACGUCCCUCCUUCACUGCACGUCCCUCCUUCACUGCACGUCCCUCCUUCACUGCACGUCCCUCCUUCACUGCACGUCCCACGGGCUUCCCCGCCUGCACCCAGCCUCACAUGCCCUCCCUUCCCUCUCCCCAACCCCCCUCACAUCGUCUCCCUCCCCGCCUCCCUGCAGGCUCCACGUGGCUCUUCAACGCCGUCCGCCUGCUGCUCGCCCACUCGGGCCAGCUGUCGCUCUCCUAUUGGCUGCACUCCAUCUCCGCCAGCAAGCUGCGCGCCAGGGGGCUCUCGCCACUGGGCAGCCGCGGACCUGGGGGUGCGGGGGGAGUGGAUGGGGGGCUUUCGCCAUUGGGCAGGCCCGAACCUGGGGGGGAGGGGAGAGGGGGAGUGGGGAUAGGGGGAGAAGGACGGGGGUCCGCGGAGGAUUUAGGGGGAAGAGGGGAUGGUCAAGGGGUGGGGAGGGAUGGAGGGGAGUGGGGAGGAGUGAGCGUGGUGGUGAAGACACACGAGUGGGUGGAGGGGUGGGAGGUGGGAGAGUGGAGUGGGGUGGUGCUGCUGACUGAGAGGGACCGCUACAGCAGUGCGACCCUCUCCCACCCUCCCCUCUCUCUUUUCCUCAACCUACUGUCUCUCCCAUGCACUCCUGCAGUCCCAUCAGGGCCACCCGUCCCACCACCUUCACUGGAAGGAGAGCGCAUUUCUCCUCUCCCCUCUCAUUCACCGUCCCCGCGCAUCAAGGCGCACAUGCAGGCCUACCUGUGCGCUGCUGCCGUCAUUCCCCUCGCCCUUCGCCUUGUACCACUCCCCUCUCACGUGGAUGCAGGCGCAUCAAAGCCCACAUGCAGGCCUACCUGCGCGACCAUCAUCGCUGGAAGCAGCACGCUGCUGCCGUGA